UAGUGACGACGCGUUUUCGCGAUUAUCAGUUAAAUUUGUAACAUUUACAAGAGAUUGAAAAAUUCUGUUUUGCCGAUUUAUUGGCUCUAUUGUGUGUUUCGUCAUAAUGGCUAAAUAUUCGUUUGCUGUAUUGCUCCUCCUGAUCUCAAUGGCUUACGUUAUGUCGGCUCCUGCAGAGGUUGAUGUUGAAGCUGAGCAGAUUGAGAAGGAAAUCGACGACGCUGAUGCUGAAUCGGCCGUGGCUCCAAAGAAAACAGCUAAAAGAGGAAUCUAUGGCGGAUAUGGUUAUGGAUAUCAUUACCCACAUUACAGUUAUUCCGUUUAUCCAAUCUACAAAUCAUAUGGAUAUCACGGAUAUGGCGGUCAUGGAUACGGACACGGAUACGGACACGGAUAUUACCCAUAUUACUCUUUAGGAUACGGUCAUGGAUAUGGUCAUGGGCAUUACUGGUAAACUACUUACUGGUAUAACAUAUGCGAGUGAAAUAAUAUGUAUAUUGUCAUAAUUUUUUGUACCGUUUUGUAAAUUUUUGUACCUUAUUUAUAUAAAUAAUAAUUUAAAUUUAAUUUACAAUUUUUU